GCUCGGCUCCAAGUCGGAGCGCGGCGCCCAUCAUGCGCGGCUGCCUGCGGCUCGCGCUGCUGUGCGCGCUGCCCUGGCUCCUGCGGACGGCGGCCCCCGGGCGCCUGGCGCAGCGCCGCGCUCCCCGCGACCCAGCCAGGGGCGCCGAAUUCGAUCGUGUGUACAGCGGGGUGGUGAGUCUCAGCAUGGAGAACAUCUACUCCUUCAACUACACCAGCCAGCCCGGCCAGGUGAAUGCAGUGAGGGUGUAUGUGAACAGUUCCUCUGAGAACCUGGAUUUCCCAGUGCUCGUAGUGGUUCGCCAGCAGAAGGGAGUGCUGUCCUGGCAGGUUCCUCUGCUCUUCCAAGGACUAUACCAUAAGAGCUACAACUACCAGGAAGUGGGCCGCACCUUAUGUCCCUCGGAAGCAACCAAUGAAACUGGACCUUUGGAGCAACUAAUCUUUGUAGACGUGGCCUCCAUGGCACCACGGGGUGCCCAGUACAAACUGAAGGUCACCAAGAUCAAGCACUUUCAGCUCUGGACAAAUGUUGCCUUUCCCUUCACUGCCAGUCCUUCUCAACCUCAGUAUUUUCUAUAUAAAUUUCCCAAAGAUGUAGACUCCGUUAUCAUUAAAGUCGUAUCUGAAAUGGCUUAUCCAUGUUCCGUUGUCUCCGUCCAGAAUAUCAUGUGCCCAGUGUAUGAUCUUGACCACAAUGUGGAAUUUGAUGGUGUCUACCAAUCCAUGACCAAGAAAGCUGCCAUCACACUACAGAAGAAGGAUUUUCCAGGGGAGCAGUUCUUCGUGGUGUUUGUGAUAAAGCCUGAAGAUUAUGCCUGUGGGGGAUCGUUUUUUACCCAGGAAAAGGAGAACCAGACUUGGAAUUUGCAGCGAAUAAAGAACCUUAAAGUGACCAUUGUUCCUUCCAUUAAAGAAUCUGUUUAUGUGAAGGCCAUUCUUCUCAGUUUCCUCAUCUUCCUCUCCCUCUACCUGGGAUGCCUGCUUGUUGCAUGUGUCCACUAUGUCAGGUUUCAGAGAAAAUCCGUCGAUGGAAGCUUUGGUUCCAAUGAUGACUCUGGAAAUAUGGUGGUGUCACAUCCCAUUGCUGCCACCACACCUGAAGGGAGCAACUAUGGAGCAAUAGAUGAGUCAAGUUCCAGCCCCGGCAGGCAAGUGUCCUCCUCAGACGGGGGGCAGCCAGGCCAGUCAGACACUGACAGCUCCGUGGACGAGAGUGAUUUCGACACAAUGCCGGAUAUUGAGAGUGACAAAAACGUCAUCCGGACCAAGAUGUUCCUCUACCUAUCAGAUUUGUCCAGGAAGGACCGGAGAAUUGUCAGCAAGAAAUAUAAGAUUUAUUUUUGGAACAUCAUCACCAUCGCCGUGUUUUACGCACUGCCCGUGAUUCAGCUGGUCAUCACCUACCAGACGGUGGUAAAUGUUACUGGCAACCAGGACAUCUGCUAUUACAACUUCCUGUGUGCUCACCCGUUGGGUGUCCUGAGUGCCUUCAACAACAUUCUCAGUAACCUGGGUCAUGUGCUUUUGGGCUUGCUCUUCCUGCUGAUAGUUUUACGGCGGGACGUUCUCCACCGAAGAGCUCUGGAGGCCAAGGACAUCUUCGCAAUGGAGUAUGGGAUCCCCAAGCACUUUGGUCUCUUCUAUGCGAUGGGCAUUGCGUUAAUGAUGGAAGGGGUACUCAGUGCUUGCUACCAUGUCUGCCCCAAUUACUCCAACUUCCAAUUUGACACCUCCUUCAUGUACAUGAUUGCCGGCCUCUGCAUGCUGAAACUCUACCAGACGCGCCACCCAGACAUCAACGCCAGCGCGUACUCAGCCUACGCCUCCUUUGCUGUGGUCAUCAUGCUCACCGUCCUCGGAGUGGUUUUUGGAAAAAAUGAUGUGUGGUUCUGGGUCAUCUUUUCUGCAAUCCAUAUUCUGGCUUCUCUGGCCCUCAGCUCCCAGAUCUACUACAUGGGCCGUUUCAAAAUAGAUGUUUCUGACACAGACUGGGGAAUUUUCCGGCGGGUCGCCAUGGUAUUGUAUACAGACUGCAUCCACCAGUGUAGCCGGCCUCUGUACAUGGACAGAAUGGUGCUGCUUGUCGUUGGGAAUCUGGUGAACUGGUCCUUCGCCCUCUUUGGACUCAUCUACCGACCCAGAGACUUUGCCUCCUACAUGCUGGGCAUAUUCAUCUGCAACCUGCUGCUGUACCUGGCCUUCUACAUCAUCAUGAAGCUGCGCAGCUCUGAGAAAGUCCUCCCGGUGCCCCUGUUCUGCAUCGUUGCCACGGCCGUCGUGUGGACAGCUGCCCUGUACUUCUUCUUCCAGAAUCUCAGCACCUGGGAGGGAACUCCAGCAGAAUCCAGAGAGAAGAACCACGAGUGUAUCUUGCUGGAUUUCUUUGAUGCCCAUGAUGUUUGGCACUUCCUUUCAGCUACCGCCCUGUUUUUCUCAUUCUUGGUUUUGUUAACUCUGGAUGAUGACUUGGACGUGGUUAGGCGGGACCAGAUCCCUGUCUUCUGAGCCCUUGGCAUUAAGAGGGGAAGAGGGAGCGAUCA